CGCCUGCGCACGGCAGGCCGGAGGAGUCUUACCCUAAUGUAAGAUGGUGGCCCGUCUGGCUGUGGAACCCACCGAAAGCUGAGAGUCUCUCUCUCAGUCGUAAAGGUCGGACUCGCUGAAGCAAUCAGGCCCGGGUCUGAAGAGUUUUUUCUCCGACCUGCGUCCAGUGGUCUCUGGCGAGGACGCGGCGGCGCGUGGAGUCGGCUACGGGAAAAGCGAGGCACGGCAGGCGGGUCUUCAAAGUCUCCAUUUUAGCUCUCUGUGCUGAACUUCCUUCUCCCUUAAAUUAUUAUAAACUUUUGCUGCUGUUUAAUAAACGUGAAGAUGUCUCGCAGUCCUGAUGCGAAGGAAGACCCUGUGGAAUGCCCUCUUUGCAUGGAGCCCCUGGAGAUAGAUGACAUCAACUUUUUCCCUUGUACCUGUGGCUACCAGAUUUGCCGAUUCUGUUGGCAUCGAAUUCGCACUGAUGAAAAUGGGCUUUGUCCUGCAUGUAGAAAGCCAUAUCCAGAAGACCCAGCAGUAUAUAAACCACUCUCCCAGGAAGAACUGCAAAGGAUAAAGAAUGAGAAAAAACAGAAACAAAAUGAGAGAAAACAGAAAAUAUCAGAAAAUCGCAAACAUUUGGCUAGUGUACGUGUCGUACAAAAAAACCUCGUCUUUGUUGUAGGCCUGUCUCAGCGCCUGGCAGACCCAGAGGUUUUAAAACGACCAGAAUAUUUUGGGAAGUUUGGUAAAAUACAUAAAGUUGUCAUCAAUAAUAGCACAUCAUAUGCAGGCUCACAGGGUCCAAGUGCCAGUGCUUAUGUCACCUACAUCCGGUCAGAAGAUGCUCUCAGAGCCAUACAGUGUGUCAACAACGUGGUGGUAGAUGGCAGAACACUUAAGGCGUCUCUAGGUACAACAAAAUACUGCAGUUACUUCUUAAAGAAUAUGCAGUGUCCGAAGCCCGACUGCAUGUAUCUACAUGAACUGGGGGACGAGGCGGCCAGCUUCACGAAAGAGGAGAUGCAGGCGGGCAAACACCAAGAAUAUGAACAGAAGCUACUUCAAGAAUUAUAUAAAUUAAAUCCCAAUUUUCUUCAGCUGUCUACGGGUUCGGUGGACAAGAAUAAGAACAAAGUGACACCGCUGCAGAGGUACGACACCCCCAUUGACAAAUCUUCAGAUUCUCUCAGUAUAGGGAAUGGUGAUAAUUCCCAACAGAUAUCUAACAGUGACACGCCUUCACCACCACCUGGUUUAUCAAAACCCAACCCAGUCAUCCCCAUCAGUUCAUCCAAUCACAGUGCACGGUCCCCUUUUGAAGGGGCAGUAACAGAGUCACAGUCGUUAUUCUCAGACAACUUUCGCCACCCCAACCCUAUCCCAAGUGGGCUUCCUCCUUUCCCCAGCUCCCCACAGACGUCCAGUGACUGGCCUACAGCACCUGAACCGCAGAGCCUCUUCACCUCAGAAACCAUCCCAGUAUCAUCCUCUACAGACUGGCAAGCAGCGUUUGGCUUUGGUUCUUCUAAACAACCAGAGGAUGACUUGGGGUUUGAUCCCUUUGAUGUCACUCGAAAAGCCUUAGCAGACCUGAUUGAGAAAGAACUGUCAGUCCAAGACCAACCCUCACUCUCGCCCACACCUCUUCACAACGCCUCCUCACACACUACAGCCGCCAAAAGUCCAGGCUCCGGGUUCCUGCAUCCAGCUGCCCCUGCAAAUGCCAACUCUCUCAAUAGCACCUUUCCAGUCUUGCCACAGAGGUUCCCCCAGUUUCAGCAGCACCGAGCGGUUUAUAAUUCAUUCAGUUUUCCAGGCCAGGCUGCCCGCUAUCCUUGGAUGGCCUUUCCACGCAAUAGCAUCGUGCACUUGAACCACACAGCAAACCCCACCUCAAAUAGUAAUUUCUUGGACUUGAAUCUCCCACCACAGCACAACACAGGUCUGGGAGGGAUCCCUAUAGCAGGGGAAGAAGAGGUGAAGGUUUCGACCAUGCCACUGUCAGCCUCUUCCCAUUCAUUACAACAAGGACAGCAGCCUCCAAGUCUCCACACUACUGUGGCCUGACAACAGGACUGAGGAGAGGAUUAGACUCUGGGGUGCUUGCAUGGGCAACCGGAUUUUUGCAUGAUUCCUUUCUGAUUUUGCAUUUAAUGUAUACACCCAAAAGAGCCAUUAUAAACGUUCCUCAUGCCUACAACUAGUGUGUUAUAGCUGCUAAAGUAUUUCUGGAUUAGGCCUUUACCGUAAUUUAUUAGCAUAAUGAUUCUGGCAUUGUUUCUCAUGAGUGGUACUAUUUUUAACUCAUACAAAUUAAACUUGUAGCACUAAUUAAGAUAGCAAAUGAGAUUAGCUAGAAUUGUUCUUAUUUUGGCUCUGUUAUUGAAAAUAAUACAAAGGUAAUGGUAGUUCCUUGUUUACUAAUUUGUGAAAAAACGGUGAUAUCCUACUCCUGAAGAAUUUGAAAAUUAAGAAGAUACUGUCUGUUGGAUUCUUUGAAAACUUGAGAAGAAAGAAUGCAUAUAAAACAAAAUUGGUGGUGUCAUUUAAUGCUCAGAAGGAUGUUGUCAGCAGUUGUUUUUAGUUGUACGGAUUUAUAUCCUGUAUUGUGCAUUACGUGUAUAGACACUGUGUUUAUUCUCUCUCAUUUGCACAUUUGCACUUUCCUUUUGAAUGGUUGUUAAUUAUACAUAGAUGGUUAAAAGAUAACUGUGAUAGUCCAAAUGCAAUAUAAUCUCUUUUAUAAUGCGCUGCCUAGUAUACCAGGAAAUGCCUCAAAAACUGAAUUUCAAUUUCAACUUAGAGUUGAUUUAUCAAAAACUUGAAUAUGGGCUUAACAUCAUAUGUGAGAAGCAACCGUAGCAGUAUGACGUUUUUACUGAACAAACAAAGCAGUUCUGUGGGUUAUCUGUUUGGAAGUUUCAUUCUUUAAAAAUUAAGCUGUGACAGUAAGACUGUAUUCCAAGUGCCUGACCCGAAUGAGACUAAGGUGGGAGAGAAGAGAUUGAGGGUCCUCUAAAAUUAGGCCGCUUAAGUUGUGAUAGAUAACUUUAGGUGAUCACAGAGAAGAGUGGAGUGCUUUGUUAGGAUAUAAUGUAAAGUGAUUCCUGGGGUAAUACAAAAUUUCUUGAAGUAGUUUUAAAACUGAUAAUGAAAGAAAAGAAAGGACUCCGUUCUGAGCAGUGGACAAAAGCUGAUUCAGAAAACCUGACCAUAUUCUGCGUAAAUUAAGCAUGUGCGGGGGGAGAGGGUAAAGUCAGACUUCCUCUUGAGAUUUUAAAAAACAAUUGUGAUAAAAGAUCUCUCUUAAUUUGUUAAAAAUAGUAAAGGGCAAUGUGAAUCCCAAAAAGAAGCCUGGAGAUUUAAAGUCAUGAUAAUUUUACAAACACUUUAGUAAGGCAGUGACACAGUGGCAUGUCGUAGUAGAGUUUUCCAGGUUCCCUCUCUCAGUAAAGUAUCAUUACUUUCUAGUAGAUAUUAUGCAACAAAUUAAAUGGCUUUGUCCUGAGGAAUAGUGAGGCAGACUAAAAUGUAUUCUUCAUAUCUUUUAGAUUUGGUUAGCUGAGGGUGCAGAAAAAAGCACAUACCCUAGCCAUUUAAAUUAUUUUUUGAAAAAUUCAGCGUAAAUAUCAGUCUCUAACUUGAAUUAGAAGUGAUGUUAGGACAACAUGACAAGAAAUUGGAAAAUAUAAAUGAAACAUUGUGCAUUUAUUAAAUAUCAGCCUUUUGUCAUAGUUUAACUAUGGCUUUCAUUUUAUUGUAAGAGGCCAAGACUUCCACUUAAUGUUUCCUGUGGUGUGAAGGCCCCUGGACUUUGUUAAACCCCAGCUCCUGUAAAGAAGCUCACUAGCUCAUAGUUUUCUCUAGCUCUCGGUGCAAGGCCUUUUUAUCACCUGGAUCCUCUUACAAAGCUGUAAGCAGGUGAUUAACUCCCAUCGACUCACUUCUCUGGGUUGAGAAAUCUGCCUAUUUGCUUCUUUCCUGGAAUAGAUAGCUUUCUCUGCCCUUUCUCAUCUACAGCCAGUGCAGAAAAACCAGCGGGUAGUUUUCCCAGACUGGCCUGAGCCCAGAAUAAAAUCCUAAAACUGCCUCCCUGCUUGCGUCUGUCCUUCCUGCUUCCAGCGCACCAUAAGUCGGGAAAAUGCUUCUGGGGUAAUUAGGCUUCAGUUUGUAUAUUUAUACGCAAAAUGGCUACCGAUUUUCCUUUGAAUAGCUCUGUAAUUCCUAGACCUUGUAAGCCUAAGAAUAAUAAACCUCACCUUUUUGCUUACUCAGUAUUUCAUAUAGUAUGUUUUUUUUAAAAAACAGAAGUUUAAAAAUCACAGUUACAGUGAAUUUUACACUGAAGCACAGAAGAAAAUUCACAACACAUUGAGGAAGGCAUCUCUUCCCACAGCAGGCACCCUGAUGAAACCAAAUGAUGAUAAAAAGUUUCAAGGUAGUUUUUGAUACAUUUCUGCAUGAAGGAUGCAGCCUCCACAAGGAAAACUUCAUCAGCCUUUACAGGUCCAGAAUUCUUUGAAAUUACACGCAGAAUUGUGGGUUUGUGGGUAUGUACAUAUAUACAUAUUUUUCUGGGAGAGAAAACCCAUUAGUGAUUGUAAAGUUCAGUGACCCCUCCUCUUAAAAAACAGAGAAGGAAGGAAGGAAGAAAGAGAAAGUGAAGAACUGCCGUCUGGAAGUGUGUUUAGCGCCACUGUAGGAAAUGGAGCCCUGGACUGAAUGAUUAGUCCGAUGAUGAAUGUCAAGUGCCUCUUCGCUCUUUAUUCCUGACAAUUCCAUUAGGAAGUAUUUUCUGGGUAAUGAUGCUUUCCUCUUCAUUCUGCUGUCGCCGUUGUUUUUCCAGGUGGUGCUGUUGCACACCCUUCCCUUAUUUCAACAAAGCAUGAAUUGAAUCUCUGAACUGGGUCUUGAGGGAUACAAGGCUGAAUAAAUUUUUUUUUUUUAUCGUCAGGGGUAACAAUCUAGUCUUAUUUUACAUAAUUUCUGUAAGGUCAGCUCUUAAUAUAUUUUAACCACAAGGACAGCCAUAGCAAUCCAAACCGAACCCACUGCUGUCAAGUUGAUUGCGACUCACAGCUACCCUAUAGGACAGAGUAGAACUUCCAGAUAGAGUUUCCAAGGAGCACAUUGCGGAUUUGAACUGCCAGCCUCUUGGUUAACAGCUGUAGCAUUUAACCACUACACCACCAGGGUUUCCCGUAGCGAUCCAGGCUCGUUAAUUAUUUAUCCCUCAGAAAUGUAACAGUGGCAACGAGGAGUCUUGAAUACCUAUACUUCAAAUGUUAAGAUCUACGAUAAUUUGGAGGGAAGUGAAAGAAUCUUGAUAGGAAAGACAUGCAUUCAUUAUUCUAAGUUAAGUAUUUCUCAGUCAUGUGUGUGUACGUUCGUGUCUCUUGCUCUUCACUUAGUUUCCUGGGAGUUAAGUAGUGCUUUCCACAUUUGUGUUCUUAAGUAGCACUUUCCACAUUUGUGUUCUUUGCAAUGGGAAGAACUUGAACGCAUUUUGUCUGUGCACACUUCUCACGACACGGCUCCUAUUUGUACAGUAUUCCAAGCACCUUCAAGACUGCCAGAGCACUCGUCUGCUGUGACUCGGGUCCACAGGGGUGUAUCCCUCAGAGGGAUUGCCUCUGAAAGCUCAGAGAGAAAGGGAUAGAUGGCAGGUGCAUUAAAAUUUUACCAAAUGAAGACCUCCAUAUUAUUUACACAUUAUAUAAACUGGGGCACGUUGUAUCCUAUGUUAAGUUGUAAGAUUUUGGAGCUUUUUGUUUAUUCGAUCAUGAAUUUUUCCCAAACCUGCUCAGUUGGCUUUAGGAGAUGGAGAUCAUACAAUUGAAGAUAACAGUAAUUUUUAAAUUAUCGUGUACAGAGAUAAUAACCCAAAACAGGAAGAUCUUAUGUCUUUAUUCAACAGAUAUGACCCAAGUCAAAUUAUCUGGGGUCAGACUAAUCCAUUUGCCCUUAAUGUUGCCUCUCUCUCCUCGGAGUCUUUUCGUCUGAGUGAGUAUCUGUUGUGUGCCUCCUUGUGAUGGGAAACACAGUAAUACAUGUAGGUAUUCCCAUAUGAAAUGUUUAGUGAACAAAUCAGAUGCUAUGCUAACAAAAAAAGUAAAAAUAGGAGUUAGAGAAGGAGGAUAUUGUGAAUUGGUAUGGGGAAGGCUUCAGAAAAAGUGUGGGACUUUUUUACUUUGAAGGAUGGCUUAUAUUUAGAUGAUGAAAGGGGAAAGUCAUACUAAAGGGAACAGAUUGAACAAAGCCCCCUGCUCCCUCCAAAAAAAAAAAAAAAAAAAAACCACCAAACCAAACCCUCUGCUGUUGAGUUGGUUCCAACUCAUAGCAACCCUAUAGGACAGAGCAGAACUGCCCCAUAGGGUUUCCAAGGCUGUAAUCCUUACAGAAGCAGACUGCCGAAGCACUAGUGGUUUCGAACCGCAGACCUUUCAGUUAGCAGCUGGGUGCUUUAACCCCUGUGCCUUAAGGCUCCUUGAGCAAAAUUAGGAUGAUCUGUAGGAAUUAGCAGAAAAGGGCAGUAAGGAGUUGGGCUCAUCUGAGGAAUGCGGGUCAUACAGGUAAGCUGGGUAAGUGUGCUCAAUGAAGCCUAGAAACUAGGAAGAAGAGUUUAGUCUUGAUGUGAAUGUGGUCAGUGGUGGAGAACAAUAGGUUCUUUGGCAAAGGUACAGUGUGACUAGCAUUUUAAGAUUAAUUUGGUAAUAGGUUUGACGGAAAUUGAGAGCAGUUAGAAAGCUGCUCCAGCAUACUCAUUGCUAGUUAGUCAAAUAAUACCGGCCUGGACUAGAACAGCAAUAGUAGAAUGGAGAAGAAAUAUGAAUUAGAAGUCAGAAAGCAAUCUCUGAUGACUUCCUUAAAAAGAGAUAGAUGGAAGUCAGAUUUCCAGGAUUAAUGAGGAUGUGGACGCAGCAAUCAUUGACUACUUGUUUAAAAUACCUGGUAGCAGUGAGGAAGAGAAAAACCAGAUGAUUGACUGAUACAUACAUACACACAUACACAUACAUUUAUCUUAGAAGGCAUUGCUUUAAGAUAAGAGAGGAACCAAAAUAUUUAAAGGCAGAAUAUAAAGAGCCAGUUGAGAGGACAAAAUUGGCAGAGCUGAAGAGGACAGGUUAAUUCCGCAGAAGAGCUGAUUUCUUUCAGGUGGUAGAAGGUAAACUCCUGGGGUGAGUUCAGGAUUUUGAUUUAGAGGUGUAGGCUGUAUUGUCCUCUGUGGUUUGUAAGAACAAUAAGGUGAUGUAGGAAAGCAUGAGUUUAAAAAACAGAGAAUAGAUGCAGGGGCUAGUUUAAUAUCAGUGUAUUAUGUAUUAUUGUUUGAAAACGGGGAUGAAAGAGUGGAAUUGGGAGCCCAUAAAGGAGAUUUAAAAAAUAAAUAAGCUUUUGUGAGAAUAAGCCUAGGAGUGCAUUACAAAGAAACUAAUUGCUGAGUAAAGAUAGGAGUCAAACUAAAGAUUUUUUAGAGUUCAAAUACGCAUGGUUCUGUAUGUUCCUCUGGUUCAGCACAAAGAAUCUGAAGUAGAAAAGGCAAGUGUUAAGAGUUUGGUUUGAACUGAAGAACAGAGGACAUAAAGACAUUCUAAAGGACAAGUUUGUGGUCAAGAACGGAAGUGUUACUGAGCCAGGAGAGACCCAGUGGUCUUAGAUUUUCACGAGGACAAAGGGCAGGUAAAGUGCUGUUAAGGAGUGACAGGAGAAUGAUGGUCAGUGUGAGGACCACUCAGUGCUGAUUGAUGAGUGAGAACUGAAGAAAGGUUGGUGGAUAGAUGGCCAACGUGAGGGCCAGAGGUUGGAAAGAAGGCUAGCUCUCCUAACCUCUAAUGUCUCUUUUUACCCCGUGCCUCUUAGUCCUUGAGAGUAGGAAGCCAGACUAUAUGAGAAUUAUAGAAAGCAUUGUAUUGCCUGAGGACUCCUGGGUCAAGUUUCCUGUAGGUGGAAAAGAAAAUGAUUCAAAGGAAAACUCCCCCCUGUGGAAUGAACACCCCUUCCACAGAGCACAGGGGAAGACAUGGGAGCAGAGUGGAGAGGGCCACUUGCAAUGGGACAGGUGUGCAUAAGCCCAGGGAGUAGGAGAGAUUGGUAACAGUAGUUCUUAUGAUGUGAAAGGUUUGCCCAGAGGGCCUCUGUUUCAUCCAGUCAGCUGAAAGCAAAUGGUAAACCUCAGAAUAUUCUGUAUUUCAGUGCAAGCUUCAGGUCAAGCAAUUUUUAUACACCUAUUUUACCUCCAAAAAAAAAAAAAAGUGAGCUCUAAUUUGUCUGGUUAAUUCAAUAAGAUUGCAGAUAAUUGCAUACUACAUUAAUAGUUCCCAGUCUUUUGUACGGUUUAUAACCGUGUUUGGUGUCUGAACUCCUACAUAGGGAACGAAGUGCUCUGUGGCAAAUUUUCAUUUUUCUCUAUUUUGAGAAUUUCAUAAUGUCUCGGGAGGCUAAUGCAGAUAGUAUGCGUUGUCACAGGCAGUCGUGGGGACCGUUGUUACCGUGCACUCAGAUGAUAAAAAGUGCGUUAUGACAGGACCUAGUUUAACCAUUGCAGUGGGGGGACCCAGGAUACUUGCUUUCCAGAAUAGGUAAAAAUGGAGGCAACCGUCUUGACUGGUUUUGUAAGGGUAGGAAUAGUACUGUCUUCAUAACACUUAACUAGGAUUAUGUUAGAAAGAAUUUGCUCAGCAAAAGUUAAUUUGUAAGCCUCACUCUCUGUGCGGGUAUGAAGUUGAAUGUGUGUGUGUGUACAUGUGUGCGUUUAUAUGUCAUCAGUUAAAUCGUCCCCUUAGUGAACUCAACAGGAAAAAGUCUCAAGCCAUCUCACUAAUUCCUGCUUUUUUCUAAUUCAUAUAUUAAUACUGUCUAUAUAUACAGUCUCUCUCUAAAGUCUUUAUUUAUUUUUAAGGAAACAAAGACCGUACUUAUAUGCAGCGAGGCUACAAUACUGGUGCCUACCUUGCCCCAGUCAUGUGUUCAUCCGAACGAAUAUGUUUGUAACUUUUUUCUCACCAAAUGCCACUCCCACUACUAAGCAUAGACAUCCCAUGUCACACUCUUUGGGAAAACCUUACAAAAGGAUAAUAAAGAAAGAUUUGUCUUAGAGUCUUGAAAGUUAAGAGUAAUGACAGUUGUAAUACAGCCUUUAACAGUCUGCCUUUUAGAGACAAAAUAACAGUAAUAGUGAUAAUAGUAAGCAGGACUCAGGAUUGUGAUUGAUCCACAGUCACGUUCUGACAGCGAAGUGAAGUUCCUUUAGCCCUCACGUCUGACUUUGCUUUCAUGUAUGUUACCCAGUGGAGAAGAAACUUCAGGAUUCAGGAUACAUCUCUUCCCUAAACGUUGUUGUGUCUUUCCGUUCAAAUGUGAUAGUAAUUCUCUCAAGUCAAGGGUUUUUAAACUGAGUAUCAGCGCGAAUAAUGAGUUGAAGGCUUUCAAAGUGUCUGUCUACUGGCAGCCCUUCCCACAGGUCCUGUAAGUUGUCACAUCAGCCUGUGUUAAAUGCGGCCCAGGAAUCUUGAAAUACCGUGGGUGUAACCUUGCAGGUACUCUUAAUGCAGACUUAAAAUAAUUACGUAAUUACCCAGGUCUGAAAACGAGGAGUAAAACAGGUGGAAUUCAACUUCCAGAACUACCCAGGAUUUUCUGCAGUGCGAAAGAACAUUUAAGGACCAACAUGCACGACCACUAGACCAGUGGUAUCUCUAUUACAAAACACAAAAAAGAAAAAAAUGGCACCCAUACGAAAGGUGUGACCUCAGAUUCAUCUUCGAAGAGCUGCCCUGUAAAAUGAUAGCACAUCUGAUUUUUUCAGCCAAGGAAAUUGUUGUUUUCGGCAUAAUGAAGCAGAGGGAAAGUUCCACAGGAUUUAAAGACAGUAGUAUCAUCACCAUCUCCAAGAAGAAAUGCUAGAAAGCUGACUGCGAUCAACCUUUGUAGCCUAGCACUGUAUUCUCCUGUGGUGAGAUCUUGUCCCAAGGACUGUGCUAGCAUUUCCGCUGUUAUUAGUCUUGCAUACUGAAAUAAUGCGUCCCCAGAGCAGAGCGCAGUAAUCUGGAGUCCAACUGUGAUGUGUUCUAUAUGUUAGUGUCUGCAAGAAGCCUGACAUCUGUGAGGUGCUGUAAGUUUUCCUUUAUCACAUCUAUAAUUUGAGUACCCAACUAAAGGCAAAGGAGGCGCUGGGUUGUUAGUUUAUCAGCCAAGUAGGAAGGGUUCUCAUUGCCUUUAAGCUGAGUCUUGGAUUGCAUACCAUGGUUUACUUAUGUUUUCUCUGUUACAAAACAGAAGUUUUUAUUAACAUUUAUGCUUAUGUUUUGCUGAUAUAUCCACCCCUCCCUACCCCCAUUUAGAGUAAGAUUUGCUCCCAGGUAUGUAUCUUUUUUUUUUUUUUUUUUAAUGUAUCUUUUUACUUCCGAAUUGUUAACGUUCCCCAUAACCGAGCUGUAGUCUCCCCCGGUCCCGGGCAGGGGUAACACACCCCGAGUUUUAGUCUGCUCGGUGCUGCUGAGUGUCAACUCCCAGGACCUCACCUGUGCUUUAGACCGUAGAUGACUUUGUAAUCGAGGCAUAUUACUAAAAUAAGCUAGGAUCUUACGUCAUCUCCAAAUAAAUACAUGCAGUCCUGCAACGUUUGUUUUAUAACAGGCUUUCGGGUUGUAAUUCUUGACCACCGUGAGUCUUCUCAUUCUGAUAGCUGUGCUCAUCUCUGCCCAGUGUUUGGACAAAGAAGAAAUCAUUUUUCUCUCAACAGAAUUUACCAUAGUUAGAGGGGAGGUCACAGCUGCAAUCUGUGUGAUUCUCCUGCCAGGUCCCCGACAGGCCUCAGUUGUCCUUUUUUAAAGGAGAACACUGUCUCCCCAUCAGCCUCUGAGUGUUUCCUCGAAGCCUCUCAACUCAAUUAUCAGGGUCCCCAAUCCCUUUGUUUCCCCAGUAACCACCCUCCUAGCCUUUCAGCUUAUUUCUAGGCUGGCUUUGGAGUUUUAGUGAACAUAUUCUUUUUUUUUUUUUUUAAUCAGAACAACAAGUUUAAACAAAGCACAGUCGAUUUUGGAGUAGAUUGAGGAGUGGCCCAUGUGCUGUGAAGUGUGGAGUUGGUAAAAGAUUUUUGACAUUGUUAGACUUUGACACAUUUCACUUCACCAGACUUCUGAGGUGAUUCUUGUUCUUUUAAAAAUCACUGAAUACGUCUAAACAAUGUGCCUAAAAUUCAAAGCUUUAUAGAUAAGUGUGAUUUUAAUAGGAUUAAUUUUUUUUAACUGAAGCAUUAGUUUUAAUUCAGUAUAAAGCAUGAGGAUAUCAUGAAAUAAGAAUUGCAGUUUCUAAUUUAUAUUUGAGAAUAUGUUCAUGCGCCUACCCUCCUUCCCUUCCUUCCUGCCUCUCUUCCUUCCUCCCUCCUUUCAUCAGAGUCUUUUGUCUUGGUAAAUGCUGUAAACCCUGGUGGCAUAGCGGCUAAGUGCUAUGGCUGCUAACCAAAUGGUCAGCAGUUCAAGUCCGCCAGGCGCUCCUCGGAAACCCUAUGGGGUGUUGCAUAGGGUCGCUAUGAGUCGGAAACGAUUUUUUUUUUUUUCAUGUGCCUACCCUCCUUCCCUCUAUCCCUGCCUCUCCUCCUUCCUCCCUCCUUGCAUCAGAGUCUUUUGUCUUGGUAAAUGCUGUCCUCCACGGAGUGUAGGUCUGGAAGGGGCUAACGCUUUCUCAAUCCAGAUCUCAACUUAAAAAUUGGAGUAAAAUUUUUUUAUUUUCUCUAGUAUGUGAAUAAAUUUUUUAAAAAAGCAAAAUAAUCACAUUUCACAUCGCUAAAAUAGUUAAAUUUUAAAAUAUACACGCUUAUUUCAGAAAGCAGAUAUUUAUUUAGAAAAUAACCUCCAAACCGUAACAAAUAUCCCUUGGUUUGGGUUACUAGAUCAGUGAAAAAGAACUCGCAAAGCUGUGUGCUUGGUCUCUUGGAUUGAAAAUAUUCAUUGCUGUGGCUGUACGCGUAUCAGUUUCACUUGGUUUUAGUAUAAAGUAAUGAGGAAGUGACUUCAUUUUCUGAAAUAGAUAAUUUCUCUGAAAUUAAAGAAAGUUAAUCAUGGUUUUAAUGCUUAGAAAGACAACUUUCUGAAAAUGAAGCUCAUAACUGAGUUAUGAAGAAUUUGUCAAUUAAAAUUUUUAUUUCUGGAAAAAUGUGCAAUUUUGGUCUUCUGAUUUGGGAUUUAUAUAGCUUUGAUUUAAAUCCUUAAGUAAUCCCAUGCUAAUAGGAGCCAUUUUACCCCCCCAAAAAGAUGAGACUGGCUCACCUUCACUAUUGAAAUGAAAGCGGGCUGUGUAAUCAGACAUAAUAAAGAAGUCAGAUUUGGUAUCUAAAUAACUCUGAAAAUUUGGAAAGCUUUUAAUUUGGAAAACUUAUGAACACCAGGAGACUUAGAAAUUUCAAUAGACAUGUAACUCUAAGGGAAUUUUCUGCUGAAGCAACAAAAUACUUUGAUUUAAAUGCAAGCAUGAAGAGAAACCCCUUCCCCCACAAACAUAUUUUACUGGCACUCAACAGUCAAAAGCUAUCAUUGACUUUAUUUGGAAUGGCCAACCUCCAGUGAACCCCCCCAAAAAAUACAAAAACAAGCCAAAUGGCAUGGCUUUUAGGAGAAAGUAAUAGCAUCAAGCUCCAGAGAAAAAUGGUACAGAGUAGACAUGCAAUAAAUGUUUGCUGAAUGAAAAUUGAUGGCAAAGAGAGUGAUGUUAAGUGUCUAAUUGCUUCUGGAGGCCUGCAAAGCCUGGAUCUCUUUUGUGUUACAUCUGGACUUCUGCAGGCAUUUAAUCAGAUUCAUUGCACGUGGGUUAUAACGCACCCCUGGAGCCUGUCAUGGCAUUCACUGUUGAGGUUCCACUCCCAGUCAUUGCAUUUCUUCUGUUGUCUUUACCUCUGAGCUCUUGACUUUUCCUUAUUUUCCCAAGUCCCUCCCUCUUUUUUUUUCCACCUAAUAACGCUUUUUCUUACCAUUCCAUUCCUUGUUUGUAAUACUCACAGAUCUAUUUAUAAAAAUCUCAAUAGAUUCCCCCACAUCCUCCCCCCCCACCCCGACAUAUUCACACACAUAAUGUAGAAAGUUUCUAUAGAAUACCUGCUUUUUCAGAACUUCUUGUGUGUGCUGCUGAGUUGUUUUGGGAUACUUUUCUAGAUGGGAAUUCUUUUGGGCAACUUGUAAUUGUUAAAAAAAAAAAUUUUUUUUUUCUCUUGGUUAAACCAAAAUCUUCUUGUCUUUUCCUCAUUUGUACUUGAGUACAGUUCGUCAAAUAUGUGAAAGCAGUUACCAUUUGUUUAGUAACUUCUAGAUGUGGCUCAGACAUCCUCAUUCUUUCAGCCACCCUACACUUAACACAGUUUCCACUUCUCUUUAUAGCCAAGAGGGAGCUGUGAUGGCACAGUGGUUAGGGUAUCGGCUGCUAACUGAAAGAUCAGCAGUUAGAGCUCACCAGCCGCUCUGUGGGAGAAAAGACCUGGCAAUUUGCUUCCAUAAAGAUUUCAGCCCUGGAAACUCAAUGGGGCAGUUCUGCUCUGUUCUAUAGGAUCGUUAUGAGUCAGAAUCUACUUGACAACACACACAACAACUUUAGUUCUCUACACAUAUUUUGAUUUGACAACUGCGUUCUUAAAAUAUGAAGCUCACACUUGAAUAUAAUAAUUCAGAUUUCAGAUAAAUGUAGACAAUAAUAGAUCUAUUUUUUCAUUAAAAUUAUUACUAAUAUUUGUAUAUUCCUUUACAGUUUACAGAGUGCUUUUAUAAAAGUAUCUCAUGGGGUAGGUAUUAUCUCCAUUUUAUAAAUGAAUAUACUGAGGCUCAGAGUGAUUGUCACUUAUUGCCCAAGGCCAUACAGUUGAUAAUUUAGACAUUGCGUAUCCAUUUACAUGGCCUUAGUAUUACCUUUUUAGAAGUUUAAUUACUCAGUUGUCCUUUCAGAUAUAAGCCUGUUAUGUAAAACCACUAGACCUUUUCCAUACACAGUACUGGUUAGCUAGAUCUCUCUGGAACUUGCCUAAUACAUUUUUAAAAACCUGAAUGUCAAAUUUUAUGCAUUUGGAUUUGGUAUAUAGAGUGUAUUUUGUUCUUAUAUCACCAUCUGACAAGUCUGUUUUAUGAAAGCACUAAUGUGAUUAAAAAUUAGACAGUUGUUAUUAGUAGCUUUAGCAUAUAAAGAAUUUAAGAAUCUUAAUUUAAGGAUACUUAUAUUUUUCAUUAUUGAUUCUGCCAUCUGUAGAAUUGGCUUUCUGUUGCAUAUUUACAUUAACCUUGUGGUUUUUGUUAAGUAUAACAAAAAGCAUGGGGUUAAAGAUAAGCCAAGCUCUAUCACAGAGACCUCAUUGACUCAGUAUCUUAAGUUCUGUGUAAAUUCAUCUAAAAACUGCUGUUAUCCACACUAUACUUUACCAUCAUAUUCCAAAAGGGCACCAUCAGAGAACUUAGCAGAAACUGCUGAAUUCAAGUUAUAUUCUGACAUCCUAAGAAGCCUAUCCAAAUAAUGAAUUACUUUGAUGUGAUUGGCUCUUUAUGAAUGCCGUUUGACUCCCAUUGAUCACUCUAUUCUGUAUAGGAUUACGAGUUAGGGGGAGGAGGUGGAACUAGCCAGGAAGUCUGAGUUUGGGCAGGCAGCAGAAAAGGAGGAGGAAGUGGGCAUGGGAGAUAGAGGGAUAUUUCCUAUGGAAAACAAUCACCAUUAGAAGCAGCCUCCAUGACUGCUUGUUCAAUUCCAAUAUUAACAAAGUUUGACUUCUCAUAUAUUGUGCAUAUGAAGGGAGCUGAGGUCCUAGCCAAAACAGUACCUAUUAUUUCCCAUGAAAAAUGCCCCAAACCCAAGCCAAUAGAGCACUGGCUGAGAAACUUAUAUUAGUUUCUAAAGAAAUCAUCAAACCCCCAGUCUGUUUCAGGAUUUUCUCAAGAACUAUGAUUUAUAAUAUAUUAGAAUAUAUAAUUCUAAGCACUUAGCCUCUACAGUCUACUAUUUCCUCCUUUUCUGACUCUUCUUAGCAAUGAUUUUGGGGUCACAUCUGUGAGGGCUGAUACCCCAGUGUCUGAUUCAUCUUGCAUCUAGAGAUUUGCACUCAUGUCAAGUGAGUGGGUGCUCUUUCAUUAUCCUUGCUUGUCUCUUGACUUCCGGUUCCCUUCUCUACAUUGCUUAGUCCUUUCUGAUUUGAAGAACGUGCUCUUCUAUAAAGAAGAUGGAUGGAAGCAAAAUGAAGAUGGAACUCCAUAGCUCUGUCUUCUCUCUCCCUAGUUACCAUUCUGACAGCAGGCUGAGCAGUGGCCUGUCCUUAUUUUGUUCUCCUUAUUCCAAACAUAGACUUUUCUCGCCUUCAGCAUUUCUCCCAAGCCUCAGAUCACUAUGGACUUCUGAUUUUAAUCCUCAAAGAUUAUGGUUCUCUUAUAUUCAGGUAGGUGGUAUAUUUCCAUCCAUCAUUUCUAAACUUUUUUUUCAGAGCUCAUCUUAUCAGAUUUUCCCUGGGCAGUAACUGAUUUCUUUAGAUUUCUCUUCAUUUCCUUUUUCUUCUUAGAAUGAUUUAUUAUUGCAUAGUCAGAAUGUCAUGUUUUAAUCAUCUUCUGUGGCCUGAGAAUCACUUCCCCUUAUAACCAUGGGGCGACGCCACCAUCCUUUUUCUGAGCUUUUUUUU